GCCCGCGCAUGCGCAUGGCUUCACUGCCGCUGGAGCAGACGUCGAGCGCUCCUGAGCUCAGCGCUCUCUGGUGACCCUAGCGGACUCCACGGUCGGUGAUGUCCGAGCUGCCCGGAGAGAGCAUGGUCCCCGACCUGAGCCCCAUGACUGGCAUCGGCGACGUCCUGCAGGGAGUAGUGGGCGGAGGCAGUCGGGUCCCCGGGGCCGCGGAAGAUCCGCUGGCCGGAGCCGCCGGGUCCAUGCCGUGGGCCGCGGGCCCGCUUCCCAGGCGACUCCCCGGCGUGGCGGGCCUGAUGGCCAUGCCGCACGUCCACGCGCCGCUGCGCCUUCUAGAGCUGCAUGAGCAGCGGAUGUUCCAACACUACCUGCACACCAACCCCCUGAUCCCCACCCGGCUGCUCCGCGACAUCGAGGAGCGUCGCCGGCUGUUCGUGGAGGGCUGCAGAGCCAGGGAGGCGGCCUUCGACGCCAACCCCCCGCAGAUGGACUCGGACGCCCGCGCCUUCACGAUGGCGCUCACCGCCUCCGACGCCCGCGGCCCCACCGCCGACUGAGUGGCGGCCUUCGCCUCUAAUCCCAGCUCUCGGGAGGGUAGAGGCUCGAGGAUGUGGGGUUCAAGAUCAUCCUCGGCUUCGUGGCGAGUUGGAGGCCAGCCUGGACUACAGGAGAUUCUGUCUUUAAAAAAUAAAGAUUGGUGGCCAGGAAGUCAGGUGACUCUUAGGGUCAAGGGUAAAGGCAGAAGUCUGGGCAAAUGUCAUGAAGUGGGAAAUUCACUCAGAGUGCAGCCAUGAGCGCAGUGGAAUGAAGCAGGCCCAGAGAGGUGGACACUCGAGGCUUGGAGCUAGCUGGCAGAGGCCCCGUCUGAC